UUCGCCUCCUGUAUAUCUAUCAUUUUUUUCCGCUGUCGGGCUCUCUCCAAAUGGGUUUCAAUUCCUGAUGAUGGAGACAUUUCUUGUCCUGGGCCUGUGUUUUAUCCUGUACGAAGCAUUGGAUUUCUUUCAAGGCUGCAUCCACAGCAACACCCCAACGCCGAGCGACCAGAUCGAGGCCUAUCGCCGCGAACUCGACGAACAGCGCCAGCAGCAGCAGCAGGAACAGUUCCUAGCGGGUCUAACGCCCCUGCUGGGCGCCCAAUUUGCUGCCGCCGCCGCCGCUGCCGCUGCAGCAGCCUCCUCAGGCUCCCAGUCGACGCUGGGCAGCACCACAGCCACGCCCACAGCCUCAACGGCGAGCGUCAUUAGCGAUUCGUACGACCAGGACACACAUUCCCAUUCACAGGAGGUCGCCUCACAACAGCAGCAGCAGCACUCCCUGAGUACACCAGGACUUUUCCGUCCUGCUGCUUUGGGCUACUACGAUCCGGAGGAUCCGCUGCAUGCCACAUCGUCGCUGCCACGCGACUUUUACUACCUGCAGCAGCAGCAGCUGAAGAACAAGGCCAGCGCCAAGUCGCUGCUCUCGAAGUUCUCGUCCACGAACUCGGACAAUCGCAUCUACCCCGAGGCCGGGGCCAGCACGGGGCACAGUCUGCUCGGUGGAGGAGUCAUCACCCAUCAGCCACUGCCCGUGGUGCCACCCACUGAGGCAUCAUCCUCGAGCCUCUUUGACUGCCAGCCACCGACUGUGGCACCGCACCAGCUGCAGGCGCCCUCCCCGUUGCUCCUGGAACUGAAGCGUGCAAUCAUCAGCCAUCAGUCGCACGCACACACCGUGUUGGACGAGGACGACGAGGAGCUGAUCAGCAGCGACAACGGUUGUCCACAGUGCGAGGAGGAAGAGCAACAGCAGCACCAGCGGCGCCAGGAAGAGCUCUACGACAACGAAGUGCAGGAAGAGGAGGAGGAGGACGACGAUCUCUCCUACAACAGCAACAGUCCACCGUCCUCCGACCGCGGAACGACGACAACGGUGCACAGCAGUGAGCCGAAUAUCAGCGCCUUACUGCCACGCAUCCAUCACAUAGCCAUCGACGACCUUGGCACAGCGACGGGGACGUCGGCCUCAACCAACGGACACUCGGACUCCAUUUCUGGCUGCGGCCUGGCGGCCACAUCACACGCCGACUUUCGGGAGAUCGAGUGCGAGCGUCUGCGACGAAAGUGCGUGAGCGUAAAGCGCAUCUAUAGCAUAUCGGAGAAAUUCUAAAUCAAAACAUACUCGAAAUUCGCUAUUCGAUAAACAACUGACUGUCUCAUUAACACCUGUACAAAGCAAUCGAUCAAAAAAAAAAAAAGACUCAGUAAAAAACUCACCAUUGCACCACCCGCACCACCGCCAAAAGCCAAAAAAGAAAUCAUCGCUCAAAAAAAGAAUCGCAAAAUCAAAAAU